GGGCGGGGGGGGGGGGACUAAGGGUCCCCGACCUCCCUCUUGGGGCGACCCGGCCAGGCCCCAGGAGGCCGGGGCCAUCCUUCGUGGACCUGGGGGCUACCUCGCCUCCGAUCCUCAGGCCGGCCAUGGCCACGGAGAAGCCGGUGAGGUGCGGGAAGCCCCCCGCCCGGCCGCCGCCGCCCCUCCCCGACCUCAGCCAGAGCUCCAGCCCCACCAGCGACUCGCUGGCCGUGGACCGGGACCGGGACCGGGACCUCGGAGUGCUGGGCCGCAGGAGACCCCACGAGCUGAUGGCAGCCACGGUGGGCAACCUGAGCUGGCUACAUCACUGCCUGCAGCAGCCCGGCUGGGAGCCCCAAGCCGACAGGAAGGGCUUCACGGCCAUCCACCUGGCCGCCCAGAGGGGCAACCUGGACUGUCUGCGGGUGCUGGUGGAGGAGUACCGCUUCUCCGUGGCACUGGGCACCUCCAAGGGCUGGACCGCACUGCACCUCACCAUCAGUCAGGAAAACGCGGCCCGGGCCCUGGACUGCAUCAACUAUCUCCUGGCCCACGGGGCCAACAUCAACGCCCGGGCCCGGGACGGAACCUCGCCCCUGCACAAGGCGGCCCGGGAGGGGAUGCUGGCCUGCGUGGUGGCCCUGGUCAAGGCCGGGGCGGACGUCCACGCCCGCAACAAGCGGGGCCAGGAGCCGUAUGACCUGUGCAAGAUGUGGAACCGCCGGGCCUGCGCCCGGUUCCUGAAGGACGCCAUGUGGAAGAGGGACAAGAAGGACUCUGCCCACAAGAUGAACCAACUGGGGCAGCUGAAGCAGCAGCUGCGGGUCCGAGAGCAGCGGUACCUCCAGCAGAAGAAGAAGGAGAGAGAGGCCCGGAACAACACGGUCUUCUCCGACUGGCUCAGUAAGAAGCAGCAGCAGGGGCCGGGGCGGCCGGCCCAACGGGCUUCCCACUUCACGUCCCCGCCGGCCUGGAACCCCUCUCUGCUCCCCUACUUGUCCGGCGCUCUUCUGAACGCUCUGGCAAGUCUCCUGGCGCCCCCGGCUCCCAGCCCGGCCCCGGAGACGGAGCGCCGGCCCUGGGACCCGAGCACCCGCCCGGCCAGCUUCCCGGCCACCCGGCUGUCCGGCCCGCAGGGCGUCCGGCUGGGGAUCCACCCCGAGCCCGGCCACGAGCACGACUUCGGCGGCUUCGUGGAGCUGGACCGGGGCCCCGAGGGCGAGGCGCGACUCCGGCUGGCCGACGGCGGGGUGGUGGGCUCCGUGCCCCGCCUGCCCCGGGAGGUCAUCGCCCGCUACUUCUUCCCCCGGCUCCGCCCCGUCCGCUUGAGGGAGUUCGGCCCGGUGGACAUCGCCCGCGUCCCGCACCGGCGGCCCGCGGGCCCGGACUCCCGGUGGACGGACUUCCUGGCCAUGAGCCUGCGGGAGACUCUGGACCCGCGGUUCCUCGCCGCCCUGGAGGCGCACCGGGGCCGCCCGGGCCCGGACCCACCUGGGCCGGACCGAGACCGCUCUGCCCGGCGGACGGGGGCCCCCGGCUCCCCACCUCGCAUUUAAAGCGGUCUAACGCUCUC